UGUAAAAUAUGGAAGCGAGCUAUAAGAGAUUAUACGAAGAGAUAACCUUGAUGACUGAGGAGAUUUUCGAAGUAGCUAACUAUAAAUUUCGUAUUUCCCAUCCUGAUGAAUCAAAUAUUACUAUCUACAGAAGAAAACCUCUAAUUAAAAUUUUGAGAUAUAUCUGAAGAGCAAAGUUGGAAAAAUUCAUUGACUGGAUUAUCUUAGAGCUUUCUGAAAGUAAAAUAUCAGGUGUUUUGGAGAAUCUUGAAGAGCUAGGAAACAUUAGAGUCAAGAAAUUAAAUCUAAUUUUCGAUGAAACUCGUUUAUUUAACCCGGCCAAAUAUUUAUCAAAAUUUAGUAAAAUUUCAGAGAAAGUUACGCAUACAAUCAAGAUGUAUAAUCUUCACCUCCAAGAAAAGUGACUAAAGAGAAUGUUCAGCUGCAUGAGACAUGUAAUAGUAAUAGAGUUGGGCUGUUGCAGAAUUGAGCUUACAGAUCAUGCAGAUUUUAGCAAAUGUUUAGAAGGUACUCAUAUAAAGGUACUUAGUUUUGACAUCUGAGGUGGAGCCCAAUACAGUAACUGGGUCAAUCUUCCUAUCCAAUUCCAAUAUCUGACCAAGGCGUUAUCCAAUUCUGAGCUUACGGUAUCUUUAAAGAGACUAAAGUUAUUCCAAUCAUGCCUUGAUGCUGAGUUUAUUAAACAAACUUUGAGAGAUUAUGGCCUCACUGACAUCCAAUUUGAAGAUCGAGUUAUUGUCUCAACUCGCUCUUCCAAUGAUAACAUACACAGCACUACUAGCUCUUAA